AACACGUCCAGGAUCUAGGAUCUAGCGCCGAGUAGGUAUUCUAUGCUAGAGAAGAUAGAAGGGUGUAGCAGAGGAUCUAGAAAUUCAGGGAGGGGCGGGUGUAGCAGAGGAUCUAGGGAACCACCGCCGCGCGACGGCGGGAAAGGGGAUCUAGAUACCUCCGAGGACGCGGGAGGCAACCAAAACAAGGCGAACGCGACAGACGCUCAGAGGAAGGCGUGAAUGUAGACAGUGUACGACGCGAACGACAGGAAGACUUCCCUUUCGGGCGCAGGAAGCAAGAUGGACCUCGUGUACAACUACAUGCCGGACGUGUACAGCUACCAGGCGGCCCGGCACACCGCGAGCUACGACUACUGGCCCAACGAAAACGCCACCAAGAAAGACUGCUACCGGGGGAACAAGAAGCCGGCGAAGAAGACGCCCGCCUGCUCGGGGAAGAGCUCCCGCGACAACUGCCCCAUCUGCCAGGAGCGGCAGCGGCGGCCGCUGGCGUCCUACAUCCGCAGCAAGUCCCGCGAGGAGAAGAAGCUGGACGCCAGCAUCGAAGAGGCCGAGGAGGAGGAGGAGGAGGAGGGGGAGCGCGAAGAGCCGCAGGGAGCCGCCAAGACGAGCGAGGGGACAGGCGCGCCGGCCCGGCGGGAUGCCGCUGCCACGCCGCCGCAGCAGCAGCCACAGCCAUGCCCAGAGUGAACGGCGCGUGAGCCAUCCAGCACGCCCCGCUCGCACCUGAACCGCCUUCUCCCACCCAAAGGGUGUCCAACAAAAGCGACGGUUGGGUCUAAGAAAAAGGGUGGGGGGGAGACGCCAUCCACCAGCAGAUAUGAGGUGUUCACGCACCUCCCCUGCCAGGUAUCGAGCAGUUGCAAUGAAUGCACGAAGCUGCUCUGAUAGCGCGGAAACAUAGCAAGCUGUGUUCGACUGAGGCGACCACGUGGGGUAAUAACGAUGAGGUUGUAAGCCCAGGGCCCAGUUUUGCCUUGCGUUCAAACAUUCACGAAGGGAAAACUGGCUGUACUAACAUAAAACUAUGACCAUCUCAUGACAGAGGUCAACCACCUAAUUUAACAAAAAAAAAAAAAAAACAGAAGCUUGAGUUUAACACACUUUUUUUUACUCAUUUCUGUCAAAGGAAAUAAUUAAACAUAUAAUUUAAGCAGUCUGAAGAAAGAUAUAGGAUUAUAAUCACAUGAUCGUCAAUGCUAACAUGAUCUUAUAUGGUAACAGACGUUAAAAAUAUCUGCUUCCAUGCAGCUUUUAAAACACGUACACAAACAUGAACUUGUUUUUGAAUACCUACUGCAUUAUUUCAUUAUUUCGAAAUUUUCAUUGUGAAACUAUGCAUUUGAAAUCAAAAUGGACCAACUACUGUCACAAUAUUUAAUUUUUGUUGGACACCCUUUGUAGACAACUUACAAGUAUUUUUUGCUCGCAGCAAAAAUAUCUCAGUUUUUGCUUAAUGGGCUUCAUAAUUACAGUUGUGUUGAGUCAUGUUAAUGAAAACAGUACCUACAAAUUAAAAAAAUUAAUAAACUGUGCAAUCAGUGUUGUACCAAUGAGAUGUUACCUGCUAGAGUACAAUAUGCUGGUACUGCAGCUCACAAAGACAAUUCUUUCCAAUCUCACAAAAAAAAAUUGUUUUACAAGCUUUAACCAUAAAUUAUGAUCAAAUGAUUUAGGUACAAUUUUUUGUAGUAAUUGUACACAUUUUUUAUAUCAAAGUUUAAUGUUUCCCCAAAAAAAAAUUAGUUGCAGCAUUAUGAAUAUGGUCUGAUUGAAGCUAAUGUAAGCAUUCCAUGUCAUUAUCUCCACUACAUAUUGAUAAAACAGGUUUUUUAAUUUAACACAAAAAUAAUAAUUUUCAAUGUGAUUUUAAGCAGCAUUUAAAAACUGUUUCUUCAUUUUGUUUUACUUGCAAAUUUCUGUGAAACAACUGAGUGUUACUUUUAUUUGAAAAUAGUGCUGGUCUGUGAAUUUAAAAACAUUUUUAAACUGCUUACUUAAGUUCUUAUUUAAAGUUAGAAUUAUAUAGUUGAUGAUAACUAAGGCCUUUUUUUUUUAUUUGUUAGCAAGUGCAAGCACUGAUUACAUUUUUGCUUUUGUGUACUCUACUUAAAUGCCAAAUGUAAUUUCAUUUGUACGACCAGUUGUUUAUAAAAAUAAAUAUUUCUUACUUUCAUAUGACAAAUUUUUAUCUGGCUAACAUACAAGGUAUAAGUCUCUCUCUGUUUAUAAAUAUAGAUUAAGUAGUAGUAUUCAUUUGCUAGUGCUAACACUUUAAUAACAGAAAAAAAUAAGAUUUUAAAAGACUGAAUAAUAGUUAUUUAUUACGGUAUUUUUAAUUUAUUUAGUAGUACUAUAACUAAAAAAAAGUAAUUAACUUGUGUUAAAUAUAAGGUAAUUAAAUAAAAGCUUAUUUAUAAUACAAAUAUGCAAAUGUGUGAAGGCUUUAAUAAACAUCUACUUUC